AUGGAGGACGCACAGAAGAUAAAGCCAUAUAUUGCGCACUUGAAUGCUCAAAUAAAAAAACUAGAGGGAGAGCUCACAAAGCUUACGUCACAACCCUUAGAUGAGCAGCUACUUCUGCUUAAAGAUGACAAGGAAAAGCUGAAUCUGUCAAAUAAAUAUGCCUAUGUGCUAGCGUCCCUUCUGUUCUCAUACAUGAAAGUCUUAGGUGUGAAAGAUAUAACACCCGUGAUGUCUGAGUUGGAAAGGGUCAAAAAGUAUAUGAAUGAGGCCAAGGCGCUCGAUCAAAAGGAUGUCAAGGCCGAUAAGCUCAAAGCUGAGGAACAAGAGCGCGCUAAGAAGAUCAUACGAAAUGCUUUGGAUGGCAGGCAAACUGGUCCAGCCAUCAGCAGGGUAAAUUUCGAAGGUAAACACACACGUUUUGAGGACGAUGAUAAAAGUAGUGAGGACGAUAACGUGCUCGCUGACAAUAACAAGAGGGCUCUGGCGGAACAGGCCACGCACCGGAAGAAGUUGAACACUUCCAAGGGCAAAAUUUCCAAAAAGAGGAAAGACACUAAAUAG